UUCUUCCAUUUUUAAUCAGAACUUAAAAACGAAAGGUAUAUAUUUACGUACACAACAAAUAUCACAUGUCAAGACUGAUUGUUCUUGAAAAACAUAAAUGAAUAACAUAACCAUUAUUAAAGCAAAGACACAAUUACGUACAGAUGUAAAAUGUUGAAAACCUUGGUUUAAAUUUUAUCAACAGAAUUGGACAUAAAUGUAUUGAGGUGUUUCCCGGCAUAAAAACGUCUCUUUAUAUGUUUUAUAUGACAAAAACAUUGUUUAACGUCUUUUUAAGCCCAAAGCUUAACGUGGAUUAUUCUAUGAUAAUUACUGCCAAAGGAAUUUUCAAUGGAAGGUAAAUGGACGCGGAACUCGGACAUCUAUUUGUACGAGCGUACAUAUAAUAAUAUUGUUUUAAACAUCAAAUUAAGACGUUUCUCAGAUGUCAAAGUAAGUAAAUGGUUGUACUUAAUUGAAUAGUGCGUUACGUCAAGUUAAACCCUAAAAAUAUACUUGAAUGCUAUCGGACCCAUCGCACUGCGUUGCAAUCGAAUCAAUCGCUGUCUGCGUUGUAAUUAUUUAAUUUUUGUUGGCAUAUAUUUUAUAAAUAGGCAAAAACAAUUAUCAAAGGUUUCAAAAUAUUGUUGGUUUGUGCAAGUAUCAUUCAUACGAUAUGAUGCCGUUGCAAUAUUGGAUCGUUUUGCACACAUUUGUACGGGUGUGCGUGUUUUAACCAAAAUAAGGGGAAAAUGUCGUCCUCUCGUCAAACUGUACAGAAGUGUUUCAAUUGCAUCGUGAGCGUCUUAUCAUUUGAAAGAGUACACAUUAGUUUAAAUGAUUGAAUUGACAGUUUGUUUACAAACCAGAUAGCGGUUGUGUAAUCAAUAACUUUCUUUGCAUUGCACACACUGUGCAUAUCAUGAUUUUUACUCAUUUUUGAAUCACACAUACUUAUAUACACAGAUGUGUUAACAGUUGUAUUAUAAGGUUUUUAGCAGUGAGACUUGUGAAGUGAUAUAUUUUAUUUACAGACUUUUUUUAUAUUCUUCUAUCGGUGUGUAUUUUGAUUCAAUAAAAAGGCUGGAAUAGGCCUUUUAACGCAGAUUUAUCACAGAAAAUACUAGAGGAUGCUGAAAUUUAAUUUUUCUUGAAUAAAAAAGUGAGCGUCUGUUCGAUAUUUUAAAAUUAACUUGCGAAUAUGUCUAUUGAAUUAAAACAUUAUUUUCUUAAUAUAUUAACUGUAGUGACCUUAGUGACGUCUUUCAUUAGUAUAAGGUAUUCUUUACCAAAACACUUUAAGUUAUCUAGACAAUACAACAAUUUCACUGAUUCAGAAAUAGGAAUACAUAUAAAAGUUAACGGGAGUGAACAUUUGGGAAAGAAAUUAAAAAAGCUCAAAAAAUAUAACACGAGAGUGAAUGACAGACUAUCGUAUAAGGCACAAAAUCAAAACACGAAUAAAACGGAUGAAAUAAGAGAAACAGUAUGUGAUAAAUGUUUUACUCAUGAUUUUAAAUAUUUGAUAAAUAAUGUGAAAAUUUGUAACGACAACAACGAUAAAAUAGAUUUAUUUAUCAUGAUUUUCACAGAACAUGAGCACUUUGAACAACGUGACGUCAUUCGUAGAACAUGGCUCUCAUACUCCAAAAACAAUACUGGUAACAUACGUUAUGCCUUUUUGCUCGGCAAGCCGACAAAUGAUGUGUUUCACGAAACGGUUGUACAGGAAAAUAACGUGUACCAUGAUAUAAUAAAAGAAGAUUUUAUUGAUACUUAUAUGAAUUUAACAUAUAAGACCAUAAUGGGAUUUAAAUGGGUAGUGACGUUUUGCCCUACAGCUAAAUAUAUUCUUAAAACAGACGAUGACAUGUAUAUAAAUGUACCAAAUUUCGUACAUUACGUAAACACAUCUGGUGCAGAGUUAGAAAAUCAUGUGGUCGGUUCUUGUGAAACAAUUCCAAGUCCAAUCAGAAAUAAAAAUUCAAAAUGGUAUGCGUCAAUAGAAUCGUACAAAGAAAGGCGAUAUCCUGGCUAUUGUUCGGGGACUGGCUACUUAACAAGUUUCAAUAUAGUGAACAAAAUAUUUGCUAUUUCGUCUAAAAUUCCAUUUUUUUAUUUUGAGGACGUAUAUGUUGGACUAUGUUUAAGAAAAAUCGGAGGAUUUAUAAAAAAUAUAAAAGGCUUUAAUCGAAACAUGGUUAGAUUAGAUGCAUGUAUUUAUAAUGGUAAAACAAUGUUUACAUCACACAGAGUAACGGCUAAGGAAAUAGAAACUGUAUGGAACUCAAAAUGUUAAUCGGAACAUUUAUUUAUGUACAAUUCAAAAUAUGAAAUUAAAGAAAUUGGCGUCAUCCAAAGAACCUAAAGAACGCAAUUCAUUCAUAACAUGCGCGUGGGAAUGACGUAAUUUAAUGCACUUAAGAGCACGCGACUGGUAUUGCACGGUCGGGGUGCUUUUCUAGCACCGAUGUUUACAAUAGAUAAUCCUGUAAAAUUUGCAAGAAGAACAUCGUCAUUUAUAACUUGAAUUAUUGAAUACCUUAGAUUAAAUAUCACCAUACAUGUCUUGUGCAUCAAUAUCUUAGAGUAAGUCUAUUUCAUUAAUAAAGUUAAAUUUUAAAGACUGUACCAUUUUGUAACAAAUCUUUUACUCCUUUACAUUUCCGAAAGUCCGAUACCAUAAUUAGAGUUAAUGUAUUACUAGGUAAAAAUAUAUCAUUGAUUUAUUGAUAUUUUUAUCACCAAAGAAAUACAAAUAUGAAUGAAACCCUAAAAGGAAUGGAGCCCCACUCUUUAUUAUACGUAUUUUGGUAUAUCGGACAAAGAGCUUGAAUGAUAAAAUGCUAAAAUCUUGCUUUUUACCCAACGGAAUAAAUUUUAAAAGGACUAAUUCAUCUUUUCACACCGAUUUAUGGUUGAUAAUGAAUAAAGAUAUGUAAUAAUCGGCGAAAAACGAUAUUAAAUUUUGUCUAUUUUGAGAUCAUGAUUUCUGCAAGCGCCUAAUCCGAUGUU